GUGAGGUCUCCGGCUCCACUAGGUGCUCCAGUGUUCUGUUCAGCCUGGCCAUGGGCUCCGGCCUGGCUGCGGGUUCGGUGCGGGCGCGCUACCUCGUGUAUUUCCAGUACUUGGGCACUGAUUUUAACGGGGUCGCGGCCGUCAGGGGCGCCCAGCGUGCCACCGGGGUCCAGAACUACUUGGAGGAGGCUGCGGAGGGGCUGAAAUCUGUCCUGCCAGUGAAGUUCACCAUCUCCAGCCGCACGGAUGCUGGGGUCCACGCCCUGAGCAACGCGGCGCACCUGGACGUCCAGCGCCGCUCAGGCCAGCUACCCUUCUCUCCUGAGGUCCUGACGCAGGCCCUCAACACCCACCUGAGGCAUCCUGCCAUCCGUGUCCUGAAGGCCUUCCGUGUGCCCAGUGACUUCCAUGCCCGCCACUCCGCCACAUCCAGGACUUACCUGUAUCGCCUGGCCACUGGCUGCCCCCAGUACGAGCAGCUGCCUGUGUUUGAACGGAACCGAUGCUGGGCACUUCGGGCAGACUGCUUGGACGUGGCUGCCAUGCAGGAGGCGGCCCACCACCUCCUGGGGACACACGACUUCAGCGCCUUCCAGUCGGCCGGCAGCCCGUCCGCCAGCUCAGUGCGCACGCUGCGCCGAGCGUCAGUGUCCCCUGGCCCAGCCAGCCCCUUUGUCCUCCCCCAGGAGAGCAGGAGGUUACAGUUCUGGAGCCUGGAGUUUGAAAGCCAGUCUUUCCUGUACAGACAGGUGCGGAGGAUGACGGCGAUCUUGGUGGCCGUGGGGCUGGGGACUUUGACACCUGCUCAGGUGAAAGUGAUUCUUGAGAGCCGGGACCCCCUGGGAAGGCACCAGACACGUGUGGCCCCAGCCCAUGGCUUGUUCCUGAAGUCGGUGCUAUACAGGGACCUUGAGGACUGUGGAGAGGAGAGGUGGCCCGGGAAGGCCCCUGCUUGUACCCUCUGAUGGACCUCCACUCCAGGCUGGGUCCUUGCUGGAGAACCCUUGGCGGCCCUGGCGUCACAGCCCUCACCUGUCAUUCUAGGAGCUGGGAGUCCAGCCUGUGCCCAGCAGGAAGACUUCAGGCCAGAGACCAAUGGCCCAAAGGCAGGUGGCCUGGGGUGAGGUGCCUGUGUCCC